GUGAUUUAAAAGGCUCUGGAGGACGAUACUGAGUCAACUGUCAUGCAGCCGAGGCCAUCAACGAACCCCGAUAAAACCAUUAUCUCGCCUAGCUGGGAGUCUCUCGCUGCUUGAGAUGAACCACCUGAGCAGGAAAGACACCUUUUACCUGGUGAACGCCCACUGCGAGCUGAAGGAGAACAAUGAAGAGCACAGGGAGUACUACCAGUCCACCUGGCUCGACCUGGUAACGGAGACCCGACCUGAGCACAACACAACCCUGCUUGAGAGCGACGCUCUCCGAAGGGAGAGCUACACCCGGGCGCAGGUGGCCCACUUCCUGGUGCAGCGCUCCCCCCAGCAAAGGAUCCGGCUCGGGAGGCUGGGACAGGGAAUGACGGAGCACCAGCUGCCCUACAGGAACGUCCUCCCCGUGCCCAUCUUCGCGCCCAGCAACGUGGCGUCCCUGAAGGAGGCGAGUCGAACCCCCACCCCCGAUGAGCUCCGGGCUGCCGUGGCCCUCGAGCGGGAGCUAUCCAGCGGUGUGUGCGCCGACAAAACUGAAGUGUCCCACAUCACGAGAGACAUGCCAAAGGUGGUCCAGCCCAGGCGUGUGGAGUUCAGGGCGUCCGGCCUCAUCUCCCCGCCGGGCGAGUCCUCGCACCACCAACAGAGGCGCUACUGAGGACAGCGUGCUCUCCUGGAGUGUGUGUGUGUGUGUGUGUGUGUGUGUGUGUGUGUGUGUGUGUGUGUGUGUGUGUGUGUGUGUGUGUGAGGGACAGUGCUGUGGGUCAUCAGUAUGUGGCCUAGGGCCUAAGGUCUGGGUGGCAAUUCCAUCACAGCAGGGCUUCGCCGCGCCCUGCAGACGCCCCAGAAGUUCAUACUCUGAUGCUAUUUAUGGUCUGUUAUUGAAUAUAACUCUUUUCUGACAGCUGACGGAAGGAAUAUAUGAGCAAGAGAAUGAGAUGCUGCUCAUUUCUGUGGUGCGUCACUUUUUUUUUUAAAAAUCUCCUUUGAAACAUCAUCUAAUCAUCUAAGGAUCCUCUAAAGACAUCAUUCUUUCGUUUUUGGUGUCUAUAUUAUGAAUUUAAGCCAGUGCCGUAUCUAUGAGUCAGCUGUAUUGAAUUGAUUGGUUUAUUUUAAUACCGGACAGAGACAAAAACUUCCUGGACGGUGAAUAUUACAACAACCUAGAGGAACGCCUUAUUAAAACGGUAUUUUUGCAUUAAUGUCUUUUAAUUUCAGAAACGCAGCUUCUCCUCAGUUUACACGUUACCCCGCAUGAUGAUAAACACUCCAGUCAGUAACAGCUUAGAAAUAAAUGUGAAUACAAGUUCCCAAGAA